ACCCCCUUCCACGAGCGUGAUUGCCACCCAGCUCAGAGCCAACAAACCCAACUGUCUCUAACGGCUAAGCAGUGUCAUCCAAAACCCCAUCUAGCGCGUGACAGCACCUUUUCAUGAAAAUCCAAGAACCCACUGCAUGAAAACGACCAUUUUAAUGGCACUUUCUUCUUUAGUUGGACUCUAUCCACUGAUUUGAUCAUGCAAACAUUUUCUACCCCUUUCCCCCUUCAUUUUCUCCCUUUAUCACCGCUCGUCUCUUUAUGAUUCUCUUUCACCAUAUUUCGUCGUUUCUUUUUUAUUGCUUUUUCCUCCUCAAUUAUUGUUGCUGUCAACAUUUGUUAUAAGUAACUUUGGUGGGUUGUCGGUGGAUAGUAGCAUCCGAUGUCCUUUUACGAGCCAACGUAAUCUCUCUAUUGUCAGAAUUCCUGGGUUUUAUGUGUUUUGUAAUUUAAGCUACAAUAAUUUCUCUUUCACUUCAAUGUGAUCAGUUCCUUCAUUUUCUUGAUUCUCUCUGCAAUUCUCCUGCUAUAAAUGGUGGUUGGGUAUUAAAGCUAUAGCUGUUGUUAAACAACUUGAUUCUUUGCACAAACAUAGAGAUUAAGGUCAUGGACCAUAAAACAUGGCUUUGGAGGAAAAAAUCUUCUGAGAAGACAAUUGUUGCUACAGACAAGGUUGACAUUUCUUUGAAACGAAUCGAUGAAGAGGUGCAAAUGCUUCAAAUGGAAGGGCGAGAUAGAAUAGUGAAAAAUUUAAAUGAGAAGCUUGCUUCAGUCCUCCUUGAUUGUCAUGCCAAGGAUGAUCUGGUGACAAAAAAUAUGAAAAUGGCACCUGAAGCCAAUGCAGGUUGGGAAAAGGCAGAAGCUGAUGCAAUCUUUCUGAAGACAGAGCUAGAUGAAGCUUUGAGGCAGGAAAAAUUGGCAAAUGAAAAGUUAACUCACUCAGAUGCUGUAUUGAAUGAAUGUAUGCAACAGCUAAAUUUUGUUCGAGAAGAGCAGGAGCAGAGGAUACGUGAUGCUGUCAUGAAGACAUCAAGUGAAUUUCAGAAAGCACAGAAAGCAUUACAAGAUAAGCUGACAGAGACAAACAGAAGGGUUGAAGAGUUGGCCAUUGAAAAUUCUCAUCUGAGUAAGGCCCUGCUAGUCAAAGAAAAAUUGAUUGAGGAUCAGCAGAAGCAAAAGUUCCAGACAGAAGAAGAGUUUGGUGCACUAAUGGUUCGAUUAGAUUUAACAGAAAAAGAGAAUUCAUUUUUGAAAUAUGAGUUUCAUGUUCUGGAGAAGGAGCUUGAGAUCCAAAAUGAAGAGAUGGAAUACAACCGUCGAUCAGCUGAUUUAGCACAUAAACAACAUCUGGACGGUGUAAAGAAAAUUGCCAAGUUGGAAGCUGAAUGCCAGAAGUUUCGCCUCCUUCUGCAAAAGAGGCUUCCAGGUCCUGCUGCGGUGGUGAAAAUGAAGAAUGAAGUUGAAAUGUUGGGAAGGGACAAGACAGAGAUGAGAAGAAGAAAGCUGAAUCCCACUAAAGAUUUGAUUGUCAAAGACUCCACUGCAGAAAAUUCUCCUGAAAAUCCUACCAAGAAUACCAAUCUCCUGUUAGAACAAUUACGCAAUGUAGAAGAAGAGAACAGGACACUCAAAGAAAUAAUGACCGAGAAGAAUGCUCAAAUCCAGUCAUCAAGUUUAGUAUGUUCUCAAACAUCAUCCAGGCCAACGCGGUUUGAGAUUCAGCCUAAAGAGCUGUUUAAAGGUCAGAACUCCAUGGAGCUGGUAAGGAGUAGUCUAAUAUCAAGUGAACUAUCUCUAACAUCAGGUUUUGAUAUUGGUAGUAUUGAUGGAAAUAGCUCUUCUUGUUCAUGGGCUAAUGCUUUGAUUUCCGAAUCUGCACAGUCUGUAGACAGAAGAUUUAGGGAUUCAAUGCAACACAAGGCCAUUACAGUUCCAGAAAUAAGAUUAAUGGACGACUUUCUAGAGAUGGAAAAAUUAGCCUUGGUUUCUGGAGGUGGAUAUAAUCCAGUGUCAGAUGGAGGGGAAUUGAUUCCAUUUGGGCAGGGUCACUGUGGCUUCAGCAACACAAAAAAGAUGCACUCAAGAGAUGUAGCAGCUGAAAGAUCAUUUGAUUGGCUUCAGGUUGUUUUGCAUGCUAUCUCUGAGCACAAACGAAUUUCCAACCGAAGUAAAGAUGAAAUUCUUGAGGACAUCAAAAUUGCUUUGUGUUGUAGCAAUCUUUUAAAUGCCCAUGAUGUUAAUAAAACUGCAUGUUCAAUGCAUCCCAUGGAAUCAGAUCUUCUCCAUAUCAGCGGCUACAUAGCCUGGAAAUCUCCAAACACUUCUCCUACCCUAGGUUCACUCUGUGGAGCUUCUACUGUUGAGACCUCAGCCGAAAAAACAAAGCAACAGUUUCAAUCUAAUCUGAGCAAGUCGAUCUGUAAAAUCAUUGAGCUGAUUGAAGGAAUUGGCCUAACAUCUUGCAAAACCCCUGGCAGUUGUCUAGAAAGAAAUCAAAUUCCCAAACAGUCACCAGCUCAUGCAGACUACUUUAUCCGUGUUUUUCAAUGGAAAAGUUCUGAAUUAAGCACUGUUCUGCAACAAUUUCUUCGUACAUGCAAUGAUCUGUUGAAUAAAAGGGCUGAUCUUGAAAAUUUUGCUGGAGAACUCUCAUUUGCUUUGGAUUGGAUUGUGAACAAUUGUGUUACUCCUAAGGAAGCUUCGAGUGCAAGGGAUAAGAUCAAAAGGCAUUUUGGUUGGAGUGAAUCACAAAGUGAAAAAGAAGUUGGUUCUGGAGGCCAUGGUUUAGCAGUGGAAUCAGAUGUGAUCCAUAUUCCUGAAGAACAAACAUCAUGCUUAGACUCCUUUACUUCUUCGCAUGACCAGAAUCACAGUGUUAUCUCCCGAAAGGACAGUAUUUGGUGUAGCCUGGAAGAAGAAAACAAGAGAUUAAAAGAUGAUUUGAAGAAUAUGGAAGCCAGGCUCGAAUCAGCAACUGACAAGAUUGAGGCCUUGACGGUACAACUUCAUGAAUCAGAAAAAAGCAUUGGAAGCUUACAAACAGAACUUAAGAUUUUAAAAGAAUCAAACGAAUUGAUUGAGGAUCAGGUUGAAAAUCAGAAAUCAAUUAAUGAAGAUCUUGAUACCCAGCUCACAGUUGCCAAAUCUAAACUGAAUGAAAUCUUCCAGAAGUGCUCAUCUUUGGAAGUUGAGCUGGAGUACAAAAAUAACUGUUGUGAAGAGCUAGAAGCUACAUGUCUUGAGCUUCAACUCCAGUUAGAGAGUGUGGCAAAGAAAGAAACACCGAAGUAUGUCAUGAAUCGAGAGGGGAAGCAGUCUCAAAAUGGUUGGGAAAUUACAGCAGCUUCAGUCAAGUUGGCAGAGUGCCAAGAAACAAUUCUGAACCUAGGUAAGCAAUUAAAGGUGCUGGCCUCACCACAAGAUGCAGCACUCUUUGACAAGGUUUUCUCCAACAGUGGUGCUGCCACCACUGUGAUAAAUAACAGAAGGGUAAACAAACGCUUCUCGUUGCAUGAUCGAAUGCUUGCUGACGAUGCUGCUAAAGCAGAUGUUCUCAAGUUGCCCAAUAUUCAAGGAACUUCAACGGUUGAAGAAGUAGAGGAUUCAUCCCUUCCUCACUCCAAUAAACACAAUAACUUGCAAGCUUCAGGUUUGCUGUUACAUACUUCAGAAGCACAUCUUAGUUCCAAGAAUGAAAGUACUAACACUGAAGUUUUGGCUUUGGCUAUUGUGCCAAGCAAGAAGCAAGGAGUUGGUUUGCUAAAGAGGCUGCUAUUGAGAAGGAAGAAAGGUUGCAGUAAGAAAUCUCUUCACCAAAAGACUGACUAGUGACUGUAAAAGGUGAAGAGGCUCGGAGAAAAUUCCCUGGUAACAGGGAGUGAAGUCAUGGCCACUGAAGGAAAUUCAUGCAGGUAGUUUUCAUAAUGUGGCAAUUGGUUUUUUUUUUUGUUUGAUUUUUCCACCUUAAUUACUGAGAAUGGUGAGAGCUUGUAGUCCUUUUGCAACUCAUAAUGAAGGCUAGAAAGUGUGUGUGUGUGUGUGUGUGUGUGUGUGUGAGAGAGAGAGAGAGAGAGAGAGAGAGAGAGAUGUGUAUAGUAUCCUAAUAUGGCUAAUGCAUAUUUCUGGGUUGGAGGUCGUUUGGAAAACCACAAUAACUACAGUUUGAUUUAGUGGCUUUAACCAGUGUAAUAUCAUUUGUGAGAUUUGAUCAUAAAUUUUC